CUUUAAAGUGUGAGCGUGAAUUAUUCAUUUAAGAAGCAGCAGAACAAAUUAACUGUAUUUUGUGUAUAAUAAAAGUGAAAUUUUGAAACUCUUUUAAAAGAAUAAUUAUUUCCGUCUACGACUAAUAAUUAAAAAUGUCGCAACCAUUCGAGGACCAUUUACGAAAAAUUAAUGAAUUAAUAACAAUUGAUGAUAAGGACCGUAAGCCGUACACUAAAGCCUACAACGAAAUACGAGAUACUUUGCUUAAUGGUAUGUGUGAAAUGGAUGCAGCCUUUGCGCAAAUGUACAAGGGCUACCGUUUGUUUGGCAGCUAUAUGCACAAUGUGCGCCUUGAAAAACCAGACGAGUUCGACGUUCUUUUCAUACUAAAAAUUGCGUUUGGAGAAAAGCUGAACGUAUUAAUGGAUGACAAAAGACCAGGACUUGUGAAACUACGUUAUGGCGGCAAUUUAAAUAAGCCACCCUUGAAUUUGGAUUUGAGAUUAGUACUUAAUCAACUUAUUAACGAGAAGGAGGGAAGAAGAAAGCCAUUAAAACGAGCUGUAUUACAAAUGUGGAUAAGCAAGAUUAUAAAAAACGUUUUAGAAAAAAUUGGAAACCGUGUACAAUCGAACGGCAAAUGUUUGAUACUAAAAUACUUAAAACGAGGAGUGGCGCAUACCAUAUACGCGACAGAUGUUGAACAUCCCAAUUUUUCGAUUUCUAUCGAUUUCGUGCCAGCUAUACUAAUUGAAAAAGAAAUUAAAUUCAUAAAUAAGGGCAAUACGUACCCGUCCUCGUGGUAUGCCAUUCCAAAGCCUUUUAAUGGCAACUAUCUAAAUUGUCCUGAUAAUUCUUUUCAACUACUAAAUCCAGACAUGGAACAUAAACUUUUAUUGAAUAAGCAACAUCUAAAGGUGGUCUAUCGUCUCUUGAAAUCUCUGCGCGAUCGCUAUAGACUGGACAAGUUAAAAGGCGCUUUCCUUACCAGCAUGUUUUUAUGGGAAAUUGAAAAGCGGUCCGAAAAUUUUUGGCAAAAACCAAUCAGUGAAGUAUUUCUAGAGAUGUUGGAAGUAUUAAAAAUACACUUCGAAACACGCAGUUUGCCUUACUUUUGGAGCUCACGCCACAAUCUAAUGGACAAUUUAGACGAUGACGAAAUGGCUCACUACGCAAUGGUUUUGAAUAUGGUGUUCUGCACUCUUGAAACGUAUCCUGAUCAACCGUUUUUAACUUUUAACGGAUGCGCCCGUCAUUUCCAAAUUUUACAUCAUUUUUAAAGU